UCCACCACCCCCUCCGCGCUUAGACCCCUUCCGCGCCGGCCUCAAAAUGGCCGCCUCCUGGCGUCGGUGGCGCUGUUGAAUGAGGAAAGCUUUAUUGUUCCCCUCGGGCAGGAGUGUUCGUGUCUUCUAUGGCGCUGUCAAUAAAGAACGGCAGUUUGAAUCGGUGCUGAACAGCCCACAGGUUUGGCAUGGUACUGUAACUACUGCAAGUGCCCAGAACCCCUGGCAGUCAUUAAUCUGACCACCCUAGAUGGAAGCUGCUCAUUCGGCUGGCACUGUGCCGUCAGCUGCCCUCAGUUCGUCAGGUAAAACCGGAGGGAGACUUUCUCAGGUCAAAGUCCAAGACAGCAGAAUAAUUGGCCCCUAGAGUGCUGGAUUUUUUUUCCUGGGCUGCAAAAUGUUGAGGACAAAAUUUUCCAUGUCUUCCUUUGAACAUAUUUGAGCAUAUACAAUGGAAUCCCAUAGGCUCUUUCCCAAAGCUAACGGCAAUAGAGAAGUUAUUAUUCCCUUUCGCGUUUGUGUGUGUGUGUGUGUUAGCUACUUAAAUUCACCCUCUACUAGAGAAAGAUAGAGAUAAAAAGAAUUCCCACUUCUUCAAAGACAAAAGAAAAAACUUCCAACUCAUGGAGGAAUAUGGAGUUCAUUUGUGAAAUAUACACAGAGGUUGUUAUGGAUUGAAUUGUGUCCCCCCAGAAUAUGUGUUGUAAAUCCUAACCUCUGUGUCUGUGGCUGCUAACUGAAAGGUUGGUGGUUCGAACCCACUAGCUGCACCAUGGAAGAAAGAUGUGGCUGUCUGCUUCUGUAAAGAUUUACAGCCUUGGAAACCAUAUGGGGUAGUUCCACUCUGUCCUGUAGGGUUACUAUGAGUUGGAUUCGACUCCAGGGCAGUGGUAUGCCUGUGGUUAUAAUCCUAUUUAAGAAUGGUUUGUCUUAGUUAUAUUAAUGAGACAGAAUUAGCAUAGGGUAUGUUUUGAGUCAGUCUCUCUCGAUAUGAAAGAGAUUAAACAAGCAAGCCAAAGCAGUAGAGAUGGGGUUAAGAUAGAUGUCAAAACACAUGAGGCUAGCCUAAGAGUGGAAGCUCAGAAGAGACAAGGACCUUCCUCUAGGGCUGACAGAGAGCCUUCCCCUAGAGAAGGUACCCUGAACUUGGAUUUCUAGCCUCCUAAACUCUGAGAAAAUAAAUUUGUUUCAUAAAGCUACCCAUUUGUGGCAUUUCAGUUAUAGCAGCACUGUAUAACUAAGCAGAGAUCUGCUGAAGGCUGGGGGAUCUGAGUACAGGUCGUUGGUCUCUGUGUUAUAAACUCCUAAGUCUGUCUUUAAAUCUAAUUUGAAUGUAAAUUGGCACAGUUGGAUACCAUUCAUAUCUAAUGUCAGUUAGUCAAAUGUUUGUCUUAGUAUGUAGUAUAUAGUGUACCUUUCUAUGCAUAAAAACGUGAAAGAAGCAUUUCUAGAUACACUAAAACAUCUUUGACAUAAUAAUACAGUAAUAAUAAUAAUAUUAUGUUUUAAUGCGCACUGCAAAAUAGUAUCUGUUUGUUAUUACAAACCCUUGGUGUGUAUCUAGAGUUUCUAAAAUAAUAGGCUUUCUAGGGGUUGGUUCAUAACUUGGGGUUGUACAUGAGUCAGAUGUUCAUAACCUGGGGACUGCCCGUAGUGUAAUAGGACAGUGCUGCAGGAAGCUGGGCCUCGCAAGUCUCUUUAGGGCUUCUGGUUCGGAACUACCAGAUAGAAGAAAAGAAGGAUUUUAAACUGAAAGUGGCCUCUUCUUGCCAGCCGAACUCUAAGCUUCUGGAGAGCAGGAAUCAUGCUGAAUUUCCUUUCCAGAUAGUGUCUAGCCUCAGGUAAGGGCAUUUGGCUGAGCUCACAGACAAGCUGCUGGACGGACUGGUACACGCUGUCUACUGACUAGGACUGGAAACUGGGCCUUGGAGCCAUGCUGGGUCUGCGUGGGCAUCUGCAUCCCUUAGCUACGCCAUUUACCAGCUGCAGGCCUGGUACAAGUCAGGGGACUUCGAGAGAGAGAGGGAGAGUGCAUGUGUGUGGUGCCUCACAUAGCACAGAGUAACCAAAAAAAAAAAAAAAAAACAAACCCUUUGCCAUUGCAGCGAUUCCGACUCACAGCAACCCUAUAGAACAGAGUAGAACUGCCCCAUAGGGUUUCCAAGGAGCAGCUGGUAGAUUCGAACUGCCGGCCUUUUGGUUAACAGCCAAGCUCUUAGCCACUGUACCACCAGGGCUCCAGCACAGAGUAAGUAAGCUUUAAAAAAUGUUAUCUGCUUUUACUUAAAAAAAGAAAACACUUUAUUUACUAUGUAUUUUUGCAUCUCUGAACAGAGAAAAAAAAAAUAGUAGGGUUAAGACUCUAGGAUUAAGAGCUUCAUUGCUCUUUUAAUUGUCAGCUUGGGCAAUAUAAAAUAUAACUUCAUGGCUCCGGAGCCAGACAGCAUGGGUUCGUUUACUGACUCUACCACUCAUGGGCUUUGUGAUUUUGGGCAAGUCAUUUAAUCUCUUCAGGCAUCUGUUCCUCAGUUGAAAGUGGAGUUAAUAAUAGUAACUACCUCACAAGUCUUACAGAAUUGUAUAAGGCCAUCCAGGUGAAGUGCCUGACAUAGUGCCUGGCACGUAAUGAAUGCCCAAUAAAUGUUUCAACAAAUGGACGAAAUGCUGGAAGUGCUCACUCAUCUAUGCCAAGAAAUUUGGAAGACAACUACCUGGCCAACCUACUGGAACAGAUUCAUAUCUGUGCCCAUUCCAAAGAAAUGCAAAAAUUAUUUAACAGUAUCAUUACUAUCACAUGCAAGUAAAAUUUUGCUGAAGAUAAUUCAGAAAUGGCUGCAACAGUAAAUCCAACAGGGAACUUCCAGAAAUCAAGCUGGAUUCAGAAGAGGACAUGGAAUGAGGGAUAUAAUUGCUGAUAUAUUAUGGAUCUUGGCUGAAAGCAGAGAAUACCAGAAAGAUGUGUACCUGUGUCUUAUUGACUAUGCAAAGGUAUCUGACUAUCUGGAUCAUGACAGAUUAUGGAUAACAUUGCGAAGAAUGGAAAUUCCAGAACUUUUCAUUGUACUCAUGUGGAAUCUGUACUUGGACCAAGAGGCAGUCGUUUGAAGAGAACAAGGGGAUACUGCAUGGUUUUAAAAUCAGGAAAGGUGUGCAUCAGGGUUGUAUCCUUUCACUGUACUUAUCCAAUCUGUAUGCUGCUCAAAUAAUCCAAGAAGCUGGACUGUGUGAAGAAGAAUGGGGUCAUUAGGAUUAGAGGAAGAUUCAUUAACAACCUGCAAUAUGCAGAUGACACCAUCUUGCUUGCUGCAAGUGAAGAGGACUUGAAGCACUUACUGAUGAAGAUCAAAGACCACAGCCUUCAGUAUGAAUUACACCUCAACAUAAAGGAAAGAAAAAUCCUCACAACUGGACCAGUAAGCAACAUCAUGAUAAACAAAGAAAAGACUGAAGCUGUCAAGGAUUUCAUUUUACUUGGAUGCACAAUCAACACCCAUGGAAGCAGCAGUCAAGAAAUCAAAAGACGCAAUGCAUUGAGCAAACCUGCUGCAAAAAGACCUCUUUAAAGUGUUCAAAAGCAAAGACGUCACCUUGAGGACUAAGGUGCGUCUGACCCAAGCCGUGUUAUUUUCAGUAGUAUCAUAUGCAUGCGAAAGCUGGACAAUGAAUGAGGAAAACCGAAGAAGAAUUGAUGCCUUUGAAUUAUAGCAUUGGUGAAGAAUGUUGAAUAUACCAUGGACUGUCAGCAGAAGAAACAAAUCUGUCUUGGAAGAAGUACAGUCAGAAUGCUCCUUAGAAGGGAGGAUGGUGAAACUUUGUCUCAAGUACUUUGGACAUGUUGUCAGGAGGGAUCAGCCCCUGGAGAAGGUCAUCAUGCUUGGUAAAGUAGAAGAUCAGUGAAAAAGAAGACCAUCAACAAGGUGGAUUGACACAGGGGCUCCAACAGUGGGCUCAAACAUAGCAAGGGUUGUGACGAUUGCUCAGGACUGGGCAGUGUUUCUUUCUGAGUACAUAGGGUUUCUGUGAGUCAGAACCACCUUGACAGCACCUAACAACAACAUUAUUGUUAGAUCACCUUCCAAACUGUCUCCCUUUUCCCCUUUCCUAAAUGUUUUCCUUUUGCUUCUCACUUAGGUAAGUACCUAAGACAAGUAAUAGAAAUAGUCCCAUUUUUGUCAUUAAUGAACUAGAAAAUCUUAAAAUCUAUUUCUCAAGGCUUCAAUUUCCUUAUCUAUGAAAUGUGGCAGUUGGACGAUGUGAUUUCAAAAGUUCUUUGUGCCUCCUAAUCUUCAGUGAGUUUAAGGCUUUGUGUAAAAUCGCUCAGAUUAUAGCCCAGUACUCUGUGUUACAGAAAGCCUAAUCCUCCCCAUUUUCUCUCCUUUUCCUAGCUGACUUCCAUCCCAGACCAGCUGUACGAAACUAGCCCUAAGGUUGCCUAUGAUUUUUUGCUUUUUUAAAAAUUAUAUAAUAUUUGACAUAUAUAAAAGAUACAUAUGUAACUUAUGUAAGUAAUGAGGCAGAGGGAUAAACAAUGCAUUUGGAACUCCGCGCCCAACCUAUGAAGUAUGAAGACAAAUAUUACAGCAGGCUGAUGCCCACAAGGUGGACUCUGGAGGAAGAGAAGUCCUAAGGGCAGAGUCAAUGAGAUGGAGCUCCCCAACUACAGCCGGCAGCUGCUGCAGCAGCUCUACACACUGUGCAAGGAGCAGCAGUUCUGUGACUGCACCAUCUCCAUCGGCUCCAUUUACUUCAGGGCUCACAAGCUGGUCCUGGCCGCUGCCAGCCUCCUGUUCAAAACCCUGCUGGACAACACAGACACCAUCUCCAUUGAUGCCUCUGUGGUGAGCCCCGAGGAGUUUGCCCUCUUGUUAGAAAUGAUGUACACAGGCAAACUCCCUGUGGGCAAGCACAACUUCUCCAAAAUCAUCUCUUUAGCCGACAGCCUACAGAUGUUUGAUGUGGCCGUUAGCUGUAAAAAUCUUCUGACCAGCCUCGUAAACUGCUCCAUUCAGGGUCAGGUGGGGAGAGAUGUCCCUGUGCCAUCCCCAGAGUCAUUCAGGAAGGAACCCGAGAAGCCUCAAGUGGAAAUCCUCUCCUCCGAGGGUGCUGGAGAGCCCCAUGUUCCCCUUGAAGGUUCUGCCCCUCCAGGGGGCCCUGUGAAAGCCGAGACAGAGGAGGCAGCCCAGCCAGUUCCACAGGAGCCGAGUGUGGAACCUCCCACUGCCCAGGAGAUGCUGAGGAAUGCAGAAACGCCAGCAGAGACUCCUAACUCAGCGGAGGUUUGCUCCCCUUCCCCUGUUGUACAAACCUUUGGUGAGGCCAUGGAGGCAAGCACAGAACCAGAGUAUGAGAGGAAACGUUACCAGCUGGAUUUUCUCCUGGAAAAUGAAAGUAUCUUCUCAGAUGCACUCUCCGUUACCCAGGAUGUUUUAAAAAGACUAGAGGAAUGUUCGGAAAUUAAAGGUCCACAGAAGGAGACCAUGAUGGAGUGUCUUGAGGCUGAAGAAGGACACUCAGCAUUCCAGAGAAUCCUGGAUAAAGUAAGAGAUGAGAGCAUGGAUGUUCAGACCGUUGUGUCCCUGUUGAGGCUGUACCAAGACUCUAAUCCUGCAGUAAAAACAGCACUAUUAGGUAGAAAGCCAGAAGAUGUAGAAGCAGUGCAGCCAAAAGCACUUUCUCCCCUAGGGAGCACAGAGGAGGGAAAGACCUUGUCUGUUUUGUUACUGGAACACAAAGAGGACCUGAUACGGUGCGUAACACAGCUGAGACCUAUCAUGGAGUUCCUGGAAACAGCCAAGGAAGAGUUCCUGCCUGGCACUGAGAAGAGGGUGAUUCUGAAUUGCUGUGAGGUUGGAACACCCAAGGAGACAAUAGAAAAUUUGUUGCACAGAGUGACUGAAGAGAAGACCCUGACUGCUGAGAGUUUGGUAAAACUUCUUCAGGCUGUCAAGACGACAUUCCCAAAUUUGUGCCUUCUGUUGGAGAAUUUGCAGAAAUUAGCCACUUUGCCAAGCACCACAGUCCAACCAAGCACUGAUGAUUAUGGGACUGAGCUAUUGAGACGGUAUCAUGAAAACCUCUCUGAGAUUUUCACAGACAACCAGAUGUUGCUAAAAGUGAUCUCACAUGCCAAGAGUGUAGCCCCUGGAGAAAGAGAGGUCAUGGAGAAGCUUGUGAAACAGGACUCUGGCUCAGGAGGUUUUAGUUCUCUGAUAUCAGCAGUUCUGGAAAAGCAGACUCUCUCUGCGACAGCUGUUUGGCAACUGCUGCUGGUGGCUCAGGAGACAAAGACCUGCCCGCUGAACUUGCUCAUGGAGGAGAUCCAGAGGGAGCCUGGUGCCGAUGCUUUCUUCCAGACAGUGACCACGCCAGAAAGUGCUGCCUUAGAAACAAUCCUGCGGCAUAAGAGAUUGGUCAUAGAGGCCAUCCAACAAAAGAUUGACCUGAAGUACUUCACCUCAGAGGAAGAGCCCCUGGCAGAGACUGUGAAACAGAUUCUGAGCAUUUCCUCUGAGACAGCCAGCCCCGAAGCCUCCCUGAGAGCAGUGCUGAGCAGAGCCAUGGAAAAAUCAGUCUCAGCCAUUGAAAUCUGUCACCUUCUGUGCAGCAUCCACAAAUGGUUUCCAGGCCUGCAGCCUGUCAUGCAGGAGUUAGCAUGCAUUGGUUUCCUUGCUAAGGAAGAUGGGCAGAAGGAAAUGUGGAAGGUGAGUAAUAAAUUUCACCUUGAAGCCAACGAUAAGUCAGAUGAAAAGGCAGCUGAGCCAGCUGAAGAAGACUGCCGGGCUGGGAAACGGAAUGACGAGGGAGAGACCGGUUCUCUGCCAGAGCAAGAGAAGGACACUUCUGCCUCCCCAGAUUCUGCCAAGAAGAGCUUUGUCUGUAAGGCCUGUGACAAAAGCUUCCAUUUCUACUGCCGCCUGAAGGUGCACAUGAAGCGCUGCCGUGUGGCCAAGAGCAAGCAGGUGCAGUGUAAGGACUGCAGCGAGACCAAGGAUUCUAGGAAAGAGCUGGAGAAGCAUCAGCUGGAGGCCCACGGUGCAGGUGGAGAGCCCGACAUCCCUAAGAAGAAGAAGAAGAGGCUUCCAGUGACAUGCGACCUCUGUGGCAGAGAAUUUGCUCAUGCCUCAGGCAUGCAGUACCAUAAACUGACAGAGCACUUUGAUGAGAAGCCUUUCUCCUGUGAAGAGUGUGGGGCGAAGUUUGCAGCCAAUUCUACCCUGAAGAACCACCUUCGCCUUCACACUGGGGACCGCCCGUUCAUGUGUAAGCACUGCCUCAUGACCUUCACCCAAGCCUCUGCCCUGGCCUACCACACCAAAAAGAAGCACUCGGAAGGGAAAAUGUACGCAUGCCAGUACUGUGAUGCUGUGUUUGCCCAGUCCAUUGAGCUGUCCCGCCACGUAAGGACCCACACCGGGGAUAAGCCAUAUGUCUGCAGGGACUGUGGCAAGGGCUUCCGGCAAGCCAACGGCCUCUCCAUCCACCUGCACACCUUUCACAACAUAGAAGAUCCCUAUGAUUGCAAGAAAUGCAGGAUGAGUUUCCCCACCCUGCAGGACCACCGGAAGCACAUCCAUGAGGUGCACUCCAAGGAGUACCACCCGUGCCCCACGUGUGGGAAGAUCUUCAGUGCCCCUUCCAUGCUGGAGCGGCACAUGGUGACCCAUGUUGGUGGGAAGCCCUUCAGCUGUGGGAUCUGCAACAAGGCCUACCAGCAAUUGUCUGGUUUGUGGUACCACAAUCGGACCCACCACCCUGAUGUGUUUGCUGCACAGAACCAUCGAUCCUCCAAGUUCUCCUCACUCCAGUGCAGCUCCUGUGACAAAACCUUUCCCAACACCAUGGAACACAAGAAGCACAUCAAAGCAGAGCACGCAGAUGUGAAGUUCCAUGAAUGUGACAAGUGUAAGGAGCUCUUCCCCACACCGGCUUUGCUGCAGGUGCACGUCAAGUGCCAGCAUUCAGGGUCACAGCCAUUCAGGUGCUUGUACUGUGCAGCCACCUUCCGCUUCCCUGGGGCACUGCAGCACCACGUCACCACGGAGCACUUCAAGCAGUCAGAGAACACCUUCCCCUGUGAGCUCUGUGGGGAGCUCUUCACCUCCCAGACCCAGCUGGACGGGCACUUGGAAUCUGAACACCCAAAGGUGAUGGGCACCGAAACCCAAGCAGCAGCCUCCCCGGUGGUGCAGGUGAUCCAAGCCCCAGAGCCGGUGGCCCCAGCAGAACAGGUGAUCACUUUGGAGGAGACCCAGCUGGCUGGGUCCCAGGUGUUUGUGACAUUGCCAGAUUCCCAGACAUCUCAGACCAGCUCUGAGCUUGUGGCGGUGACUGUGGAGGAUUUGCUGGAUGGUACCGUGACCCUGAUCUGCGGUGAGGCAAAGUGAGUGGCUGCCCACCCACUGGAGGGGUUCUGAAAUGCACCAGAGAGCACUCUGCAACUUGUUCUUUGUCCUCCUUCCCUGGCUGUCCUGAGUGAUGAGCAUUUUUGCAUUAGCACCGACCACAACGGCCUCACUUGGAAAAUAGAAGCUUCAGUGUUUUCAUAGAACCAACAGUGUCUGAGUCACUGACACCAAUACCACUGCCCUCCGUAGCAGGCAGGCGGAUGGCCUGGCUUCCUCCUCACAGGCCUGCUGCUUUGUCUCUGUGUCAUUGUCUAUCCCCAAAUGAAGUAUCACUUUCAAAAUGUAGGCGGAAAGAGUGGUGGGAUAGGAGCUCAUGACCACGGCUGCCAGAGAGUGCAGUGUGCUGGCAGCGCUUGGAGUGCAGGAUGGCAGUCAAGCGUGACACUGCGGCCCACAGCACAGGGCUACAAACACUGCCAGUGCCUACUGGCCACUUAAAAACGAGAGGAGAACCAGCACACCAUCCAGGAACCCAGCCUUGAGCACACUUGGCCCUUCCUCACUUCUCUUAUCCUCCAUCUGCCUGGGUUCCCACUUCAUCCAGUCUCUGUGCCCAGCACCCCUUGCGGUGGCAAUGGGACAGGUAGCAACGUGUUAACAAUACAGGAAGGCCACAUUUCCACACCUAAUCCCACCAUGUCAGUACAGUGGGCCCCUCCCAGAGCAAAGCCUUGGGAGUGUUUUUAUUGGAAGUGUUUAAUGUGAGGCCACCUGACUGCAGAGAUAGCCUUUGCCUUUCCAGGAUAUUCUUCACAGAGGAGGCACGUUCCCACAGCUAAAACUGCCUGACUGGGAAGCCUUCCUCCCUUCCUCUGGAACGUUUAAUGUAGCUACUGACCUCGCGCCCAGGCAGGUGGUUCUGUCCGCAUGUGGAGUAGCAGCACGACGGCCCCCGGCUCCUGCUCAUGGGCUUCCCUGCCUGUGAGAGGCCUGCUGCCGUGGUUCUUCCCAGCCACCUCUGUGACUGCCGGUCCGUGAUCCUUGGGAGCCUGAGCUUCACAAAGCUUUUUAUCGUUAGUUCCUAAAAUAUAAUCUGAUAAUUAAUGGCUUGUGGGAUCCAUUAUGAAGUACAAUUAGAUGGAUGUAGGUUCCUGCCGUUUGAAGGGAAUGACUAGCAUUUAUCUUCCUUUCCUCGAUGCCAGAAGGUUGAAGUUGCUAGUGUGAUGUUUAUACACCAAGCAGGACUCCAUGCCACAUUGUUGGUUUGACUAGCGGGUAGUGCCCAAUUUAAUCACACACCCUCGAGCCACACACUGGCAGGGGCAAAAGGUCUACCCCUUCUUCCCAGGCACAUCCCAAAUGGCCACGUACAAACAGGUGAGGGUUGGCUUGGGCUCUGGUCGGAACUUUGAUUGCUGCCACAAGGUGAGCUUGCACACUGCUGCCAGGGCAGAUGAAGCCUGACACUGAGCAGGCUGCUUGCCGACAGCCACCAGUUCUAUGUAGGCAGCCCUGGACCCAGCUCCCUCAGCAGGAUCCUCAGGCCAGCAAGUCCCAGCCAGCUGCUUCUGCCUCCGGUGGUACCCUCAAUCUGAUACUCAAAUCACCUAAGCUGUCAGCACUGGGAUCUUCCCAUUCCGAAGCAAAUGAAGUUUUCAAAGGAGAGUCAGCCUCAAAAGCUGAAAACUGACCAGAAGAUGGUGCUCAAACCUUUAGGACUUCGUCUCCACGUGAAGCCCUCACCAGUCCUGCCUAGGCUGUCUUGUCUUCUUAAGGUUUUUCAGUCUUAUGAGCUCUCAGAUUAGAACUCUUGAUCCGCAAGUGGCAAAAGGGGACUGAAUCUCCUUUUGGCCCCAGAUAAAACCCACUAAAAGACAGUGCAGUGGCACAUGCUUAAGGGACCUAGAUGCCAAGCCCAGCAGAUAAGAGUGCAGGAAGGCAUAAGCCAUAGGACAGUUGUUGGGGACUGCCGUGAGUCUCACUAAAAUGCCUUCCAGCCAAAAUAAAUAAACAUUAAUUGCUGAGGGCCUGUAAGGGAAAGUGAUUUUUAAAAGCCUCCUGAAUAAAGAAAGCUGUACAUUUUAAACCCAAGUUUCAGAUCCUCUCGAGCAAGGAGAAACCCUUUGCAGGUUUCUGGCAGAGACCCAGACCGUGUCAGAACACUUGUUUUCUUCAGAAUUUGCAGACUUGGCCGCUUGCUGGGCGGAGAGCGAAUGGGAAGGCCAGGCUUGCUGCUGGGGCAGCACCCAGUAGGAAGCACAGACCCGGGGCUGGUUUGCCUGCUCUCGGCAGCAAUGAGGUAAGGCCCAUCCUGAACGUAAUCUGUGCCCCGAAUGAGCCUCUUGAAGCGGCUAUGUUUGCUGACUGAUUUUACAAUGUUUGCUCCCUAGAGAAGCCCAAGAAUGAAUUUCAUUGUAGCAAGACUUUUUCCAACUCAACUUGGACAUUUUAUUCUUUUCUCCUAUUUGUGCCCCAGAGACCUUCUGAACUGCUGCCACUGAGGACGUUGUUAACGUUAUUUCAUCUCAUUUGCUUCCAUUAUGGCAGUGGUGUUCGGUUUGCCUCAUUCCCACGAGGUACUGUCCUUGUGGCCUCUGAGCUGAACACGAGUGUUUGCUGUGGUGUGGAGGAGUCUGCAGGCUUCUGGGGGAACCUGUGGAUUUGAUUCAGUGGAACCUGAAACCUCUGUUCCCAUAGCUCAUCAACCAGCUGGUGGGGAGGGAAAGGCAGUCAGAUUCUAAGCUGGAGUCUAACUCCAGGGGGAAUGAUGGGAUCAAUUGUGGAACAGGAUUUGCCCAUCACAGGUAAGUGAGACGGCACACUGACGGUUCAAGAGCAAGGAUUAGCACAGGAAGAUGAGACUCCUACUGUCUCAGUCCAUGAGCCUGAGACCAGAGGGGCCUCAAGGAAGCUGAGACAAAUGGCUUUAUUCAUUUAUUUUAAAAAGCCUGUCUCUUCUGUCUCAGAAGCUCAAUGUUUGGAAAAUUUUGAGCCCAGAAAGUCUGCAGUGUGAACAGUGGGUUCCUGUGAUGAUCAGAUCCUCUCUAAGGAAGCUUGCUGCCCCACCCCCCUUACCCUUAGCCCCCACCCCACUGACCCGGGGAAAAGCAGUGCACCCUUCAUCUCGGAGAAGAGCUCUGAUAGUCAGGGGCUGAGGGCUGAAAUGGGGUCGGGGCAGACAGAUGGCAAAUGGGGAGGCAAAGCCUGUCCCCUCCUCAGGGUCUACAUCAGGUAUAAUCCCAGGAUCAAGGAGAAAGGUGAGAUGGGGCCCUAAAACUUUCUCUAUUAACCCCAGGGGCUGUUGAUGUUGCCUUCAGCACAAGCUGAGGACAUGCUAAUGCGGGGGAGGCGGGGUGUGCCUUUGAAUUUAGUCUUUAGCAACUGUUUCUCUGAGAGCCAUGGACUGGCUAAGGCAUGAAGGGAAUGGCUAGCCUUACACACAGUGGACAGAUGGUUCUAGGGAGAAAGGCAAUGUUUCUAUUGGAUCGAGGCUAGAAAGUUGAACAGCAACUUUAAUCAACCCUCCCCAAGGAAGAAUUCAGUAGUCCCAGCCCUGCUAUACUUGGCCUGGUACAUACCAAGGAUACAUGGGAAGAAGAUGGAAAAUGGGAAUAAAAAAAACGGGGAGGGGGGGUUUGAAGGACGUGGUUGGAGGAAGUUGGUAGUUGUUCUGUUGCCAUGGAAAACCUUGGGGAUGGUAGGACUUGAACCAGAAGCUCAGAAGCACAGACGGAACCUGUAAAGUGGCUGCACCUACAACUUGGGGAGAAAAGCUGUCUGUACUUUGGGGAAUACAUUGUUGAGGGAAAAAAAACAUUCCCUAGGCUAAUUUAAAUCACUUCUAAAUUGUGAAGAUUUCAUCGUUUCCUUUACCAAGGCCAGCCGCACCUGCUACCACCCAGGGUGAAGACAGCUAGCCGGUGCGGGAUGCUGUAUAAAUUUUAUUACAAAUGUUAUUCAUGUUCAGCUUGUACUAAUCUAUGUAAAUAAAAUAUGUACUUUGAAAAAAA